AUGCUCACCCGUGCCCACCUCGUCGAGCCCGACACGGCCUUUCCUGGCCAUGAGGCGGGUGUUGACUUGUUCCAUAGCAAGAUCGCCAAGCCGGCCCUCGAAUACACCCUCCAGCAAGGGGGACGCGACCACGAGCUACAUAGCGUUUGCGCGGAGAUAUCGCGCCAGUUGUUACCUCAGGCAUACCCCGCUCUCGCUAAGGCAAUUGCCUCCAAUGAUCCCGACGACACAACCUAUGUCAUCAACAGAGUCAUUGUGCUGACCAAGGAGAACGACUUCCUGUAUCCGGGCAAGCUGGAGUGCGUGGCACCCAACAAUCCGCAAGACACGCGCAUGCAAUACAAGAUCGAGAAGAACAUAGCGUUCAUCACUGCUCCGAUGAUCGAACUCACGGCUAAUCUGAUUUUCGGCGCCCACCCGCAGGGCAUCUCACUGCUGGACUCUAAUUUCCCCAACGCUACUUACCUCAGGAUGAACGAUGAGAACGAGGGUCGUAAGGAGAUCGGCCUCACUGCCGCCGCUUUCGUGGCAAUGAUGCUUGAGAUCGCCAUCAAGGAUUAUACCUCUGGGAAAAAGGCGCCCAUCAUGCUCAGGGACGACACACUUUGCCACGCGUUCGACACCCAUAUGGAGAUGUUAAAGGAGAAUCGGAAUAUCUCGUUGAUGUGGAUGCAGGAGCUAUACGACCAAGCUAG